GCUUCCUCCGCGGCGCAGCUUCUCUCGGCAAGCGGCGCGCUGGGCCGUGGGGGGCUCCUCCGCAUCCCGACGCCGGGGCCCCGGCCGUUCCGCAGCCUCCCCGUGGGCCUGCUGCGCCGCCCGCCAUGAAGCUACCGGUCUACCGGUGCCACAAUACCACCUCGGUGGAGAAGGGCAACUCGGCGACGAUGGGCGGGGUGCUCUUCAGCGCGGGCCUCUUGGGCAACCUGCUGGCCCUGGGGCUGCUGGCGCGCUCUGGGCUGGGGUCGUGUCCGCCGCGCCCGCCGCGCCCACCGCGCGCACCGCCUUCGGUCUUCUAUGUGCUGGUGUGCGGCCUGACGGUCACCGACUUGCUGGGCAAGUCCCUCGUGAGCCCCUUCGUGCUGGCCGCCUACGCGCAGAACCGAAGCCUGCAGGCGCUCGUGCCUGCAUCGGGCAGCUCGCUGUGCCAAGCCUUCGCCUUCAUCAUGUCCUUCUUCGGGCUCGCCUCGACGCUGCAGCUCCUGGCCAUGGCCCUGGAGUGCUGGCUUUCCCUGGGGCACCCCUUCUUCUACCGACGGCACAUCACCCCGCGCCGGGGCGCGCUAGUGGCACCCGUCGUGGGCGCCUUCUGCCUGGCUUUCUGCGCGCUGCCCUUCGCGGGCUUCGGGAAGUUCGUGCAGUACUGCCCUGGCACCUGGUGCUUCAUCCAAAUGGUCCACGAGGAGCGCUCGUUGUCGGUGCUGAGCUACUCGGUGCUCUACGCCAGCCUCUUGGCGCUGCUGGUUCUCGCCAUCGUGCUGUGCAACCUGAGCGCCAUGCGCAACCUCUACGCGAUGCACCGCCGGCUUAGGAGGCUCCCGCGCUCGGGUCCCAGGGACCGCGCGGAGCCUGGCGCCCGAGAGAAGGAGGCGACCUCGCAGCCCCUGGAGGAGCUGGAUCAUCUCCUGCUGUUGGCCCUCAUGACCGUGCUCUUCACCAUGUGCUCCCUGCCUUUAGUUUAUCGUGCUUACUAUGGAGCAUUUAAAACUGUCCGUGAGAAAAAUGCAACUGCUGAAGAAGCUGAAGACCUCCUAGCCUUGCGCUUUCUGUCUGUGAUCUCAAUUGUGGACCCAUGGAUUUUUAUCAUUUUCAGAACGUCAGUAUUUCGAAUGCUUUUCCACAAGAUUUUCAUAAGGCCUCUUCUGUAUAGAAAUUGCCACAGGGAUUCUUGCCAAGGUAAUGUGGAAUCCAGUCUGUGACAGUGUUUUACUCUCUCUGGGAAGCUCAGGAAUAUAUCGCAUCUUCUGGCAAAGAAUUGUGAUAAAAAAAAAUCUUGCAGUUUAUAUCCUUAAAAGUUGUAUCAUAACAAGAUGCCUAAAUGUAUUUUCAAAAGUAUUUGAUUGACCUUAGUGAGUUGUCACUCUAUAUUCAUGAACCAAUUCAGUGGAUUUUGAGUUAUUGAUAGCAACUGCAAUUUCAUAUACUAUAAACAAUGUUAAAAAUCUUAACACAAUGCUUUAAUUGUUCCAAUAUUUGCAUUUGGUGUCCCUAAUUUUUUAGAGAGGUCUUGAGAUGUCUGGGUCUUUACUUAAAUCCAGUAGAAACACCACCAUUUACAACUAUGUGAUGGGUGUUCUUAAAAUUUCUUACACUCUUCAUUUCUAGGGAACCUCAUUUGUUUAUUUUGUAUCACAGUUGCCCCCAUUUAAGUCUUUUCUUUGCCCACUGGUGCAGGUAUAGCCUGAAUUAUAGCUGCUCCUCCAAGAAGGGAAGUGGGAAAUAUAACCAGGUCCGGUGUUUGGAGGGUCUGUCUCCCUAGCCAUUCUCUGAGAGAAUGCUCACUGCCUUGUGUGAAGAGGUGAAGCUAUAAAUAAGUAAACACAGGGCAAGAUGUGACCUAUGGCCUACAACCCUGAGAAGAAAAAAUUAUUUUUAUCAUUUGAAGUCCAACUUCUUGUGAUUUGAGGUAGGGGUGUCAGUAGGAAUGAAAAUUUGGGAGUGAGCUACUAAAUGUUUCACUUUUUGGAAACUCCAUUUUAUAGAUUUAUCAUAUCUAUGGAUUCUUUGCUGGGGGAGGGACUUAUGGUUCUUUGAUAAACAGUGAUGUAUGAAUUCCCAGAGAGCCGUUUUACUGCUUAUGCCUGUGAUCCAGCCUGUCAUUCAGCACAGCAACAGGCCCACUCGGGACUCAGUCAGCCUCAGCUGGGAGCGAUGGCAAUGACCUUCACGUCUACCUGUCCACAGCCAUGUUCUGCUCUUGGUGGCGACAGUAAGAUCUUAUUGAGGCUCCAGAGAGCCAGGCCUUCAAACUAGAACAGAAUGUAGCUCAGAUGGAGCACAACCAAGCACUUUAAUUGCACAUUUAAGUGUUUACAAAGGUUAGUAACACUAUGACCAAAAGGGAAAAGUGGGGAAAACACGGCUGCAGCUGUUAAACCAAUUAAGAGGCUGUAGACCCAGCUUGCAGGUAAGAACACUCACCUUCGGUGACAAGAACAUAUAGGGGUGUCAGAGGGGUUUCAACAUCUCUGGAGUCCCCUUGUACCCGACACACUCGGACUCGGAGCUAGAAAGCUGGCUACAUUUGAGUAGCCCGAGACCCUCAUUCAGCCAUCCCUUUCAAAGACCGGAGUGUUUGCCUUAUAUCCAGCUUAGCAGUAGACCCAUUUUUCACUCUGGUUUAUCUUAGAGGUGGUAUAACUUGGAUCUAUAUGUGUAUUUUUUGUUUGUAGCAAAACUGUGAAAUGGCCAGGUUAGGAAUACAUGAAUUAUAAUUUGAGAGUGUGUCGUGAUGGAAAAUGCACUUGUUUUCAAGUUUAACUCUCAUUUGUAUAUUUAAUGUGUAAGUACAUUUGUAUUUUAUUGUCAGAGGAAUUGCAUCUUUUUGCGCUCCCCUUUUGGAAGGUGUGUUAUGAUAAUUGUCAAGAUCAUUUCAAAGUUCCCAGACAAAUCAAUAAACACAAUUUUAUAAUA